CUACAUUUCGUCGGUAUAACAGAGGUUUCUUAACCUGAAUAUUCGUCACUUUAACGAUUUAAUAUCUCGCUUCUCGGGACAGAACGACGCUCUUUUCUGCCAGAUUCGUUUGUUUGAAGCAAAACUGAAUCGAAUAAGCACAACUACAUCGAUAUUUGAAUGUCAGUGCUUAAACUAAAUAAUUACCACCUAAUCCUUUAAUAAACACAUCAAAUAUGAGUUAUUUUAGCGAUUUGCAUCAAAUAUCGGAUAUUUCGAGUAUUUCAGCAAUUUCUCAAUCCAGUAGUCGAUUAAUUAGUAGAGUGGAUUUGUCCCAAAGUUUAUUAGAUAAUUAUCCAUGUGCUAUAAAAAGUAACAAUAGAUUUCCAAUAAUCCAAGAAACAAGUGUGAUUGAAAAAACAAUGAACUCUUUAGCAUUGUGCGAGGAAAAUAUAAGUGAACACAUAAAAACUAAUAUAGUUUAUCAGUGUAUGAAAGAAGUGUCCUUGAACCACAAAGAUGUUCUGUCUAAAAGCACAGCAAACAAAUUACAAAUAUUACUCUUAAUUUAUCAACUGGAUAAGUAUAUGCAUCUUCCUUCAACAACAAAACAUAUGCAAGAUAAAUUGAUGCUUUUGGGAAUUAUUGAUUUGCCGUUAUGUGACUUUAAUCCUGAUGAAAGAUUAGAGGUGAAAUGUUGCAUUGAAACAAUGCUACGUGAAAGAAUACACCAUAUGAUGCUCAGAUAUGAAGCCUUAGGAGGAAAUGCUAAGGAAGCGUCAAGAAAUAAUGAAUGUGACGUGCACAAUAAAUUCUUAGAAUAUUAUGAUGCACCAGCAAUGCAAUGGAAGAAUAAAGUUGAGGAUUUGAUUUCGCAAUGUGAAAGUGACUUGCUGAAAUACAUAAACUUAAUGGACAAAUGGAAUAAGCUGAAAUAUGAAGAUAUAAGCCAAGCAUAUUUAGAAAAAGCAGGGUAUUUAUUGCUGCAGGCACAAAUUGCCGAAUUACAGGCAAAGAUAACAAAGCUCUCUUGUACAAUCAGAAUGUUCAAAGAGACUUCGACUACUAUUAAUGCUUUUAAAAAGCUAAAUCGAAUAGUCGAGGGGAAGUUAAAAAUGGUUUCUGAUGAGAUCCGCCAGAAAGAAGAUUUGAAAAAACUGUAUGAUAAUUUGAAAAAUACAGAAUAUGAGGAGGUGUUAUCAAUCCACUUGCAGCUUUGUAACGCAAUAAAGAAAAAAAGACACAUCUUGGACAUGUUGAAAUAGUUCUGUAAAUAAGAGGAGAAUUUAAUAAUCAAAACAAUAUAUAUUUAUAUUGUUUUUGAUUUAAGUAAAUAUUUGUUUCGCAUUUGUUUUGUAAUCUAUAUAUCGAUUAGCUCUUAAUAAAUAUUCUACAAGUUUACAAUUU